AUGUCGCUCCGCCGCUCGUCGCGCGCUCCGCCGCCAGCACACAGCAACUCGUCCUCGCUCUCCUCUCGCGAUCGCAACACCCGCUCCCACAAUAAAGCCACAUCACCGAGGAAGUCGUCGUCGCCUGGCUCGCUGUCCUCUGACGACGCCGACGACCAGGGCCGCACCCUCCGCAGCGAAGAGCCCACCCGCCGCCGGACGCGCGCUCAAGACAUUGAAGAAGAAGAGGCAGCCAAAAUGAGCAACGGAGACGCGCAGCCUGCAGGCGACGACGACGAGGAGUCGGAGAUUACACGCUGCAUCUGCGGCCAUCAGGACUACCCUGGGCCACCGUCAGACGACGAAGAUCUGGCGAUCGGAGACCUGUCAGCCGACGAUGUGGGCGGCCUCUUCAUCCAGUGCGACGAGUGCAAGGUCUGGCAACACGGUGGCUGUGUGGGCAUCUUGGAAGAAUCUGCGGUUCCUGAGAACUACUUUUGCGAGAAGUGCAGAAAGGACUUGCACAGGCUCUUGGCAAGUCCGAAGGGCCAAAAAUACUCCCACUAUAUCCCCGUCGUUGGCGCCAUGCCAUCCAAGUCAUCGACGCGAAAGAAUUCGCUACCGAAGGAGCCCGAGUCGAAAAAGGACAAAGAUAAACCGUCGCGAGCCAGUGUGGAGGCUUCUACCAAGCGUCGCUCGACCAUGAACAGCCGUGCUGCAUACGAUGACGAUGAAGUCUUGCGGAAAGUCCUGGAGGAGAGUAAAGGCGAAGGCAGCAAGGCCGACUCGGAAACUGGCACCCGCAAGGGCAAGCGAGGCCGCGAUGAAAGCGAGGAUGUCAAACCAGGCAUCAAGCGUCAGCGUACCGGAUCCGGAUCGUCCAGCUCGUCGGAGGUCCUCGAGUCAGACGAAGACGAGCAGGCAAAGACAAAUUCCACAAGCCAAAAACAGAAGCCGCGAGGUGCUGCGGCAAGAAGUCAGCAAGAACGCAUCCAACGCGAACAAAAGGAACGGGAAAAGGAGCGCGCCGAAGCCGCGGGAAAACGCAAAGGACGCGCCGAACGAAGGCGGGCCGAGGGUACGGAUACGCCGAAAGGCCGGACGCAAGCCAAGGACGUUACUGACGAGGCUUCACCAGAGCCUACUCCCGAGCCUGCAGCUGAACCCGUGGCAGAGGUGGAGCAAGCGGAAGCUGAGACGCCUGCAGCGCCGUCUCGCGAUACCCCUACCGCUCCUGCUCCUGCUUCCACCAAGAAAUCAAGCAAGUCUAGCCAGAAACGAGGCAGCCGCGUUGGACGCAACCAGUACACCCGAGAUCGGGACAACGCUUCCACAGAUAGGCCUCCGGCGUCUCCACACCGUCCCGUGGGGGGGCGCAACAAUACCAAAGACGAUGCCGAGUCACCCACCGGCAACGGCGUUGAGGCGGUUGCGAAUGGAAGCUCCAGUGACGCGGCUGUCCCCGUGGGGAAGGGCGGCAGAAACGGCAAAAGGACGAGCGCAUCGUCAAAGCUCGACAAGCUGAGCUGGAAGGACAUGAACGGCACAGCCGCGCACAUGUUGGAAUACAUUACCCGCGUACAAAUGGAGAUGGCGAGCGAAAAGUCCAACAACGCAAACACGGCGACGACGACGUCGGCGAUGGCGAUGGUAAAGACGACGCUCCACGUAGUCAACGGCCACAGCAGAGAAAAGGACGCGUCGGCGCCAGUCAACGGCACGAGCGCGCUCAAGGACGCGGUGGUUGAUGGAAAGGAGGAGAACUACGAAGGGCUGAAUAGCCUGGAGAUGAUGGAUGUUUUGACGAGAAACCUGGUGCUGUGGCAGCAGAGUUUCGGGGAGAACGGAGACAAGUGA